AUGGCGGCCGAUUCGGCUUCAACGCCGUCUUCCAACAGUGCGGUUUCCAUCGCAGAGCAGUUGGAGCAACUGGGCGCGGCUCGAAAAGUCGCGCUUGAAAACACAACCUACUACGACCGCAUCGUCAAGGGCGUGCUUCCUAUCAUCGGGCCAACAGCACCGAUCCAAUUACGCCGCUGGGGCGCCGAAUUCUUAGCCGAGUCGCUCGCGACCCCGGUAUUGGCAACCCGCGACAAAGAGAACCUAACGAUUGCCGUUUUGGACACCCUUAAGGGCCUGCUUGAUGGCGCAGGCGAAGAUGCUAUCGUGCUCAAGGCAAGCAUUUCGGCCGCCGCCAGCGCGUACCCUGUAGCGUUUAGAUGGAUAAUCCACAACUCCUAUCACACUGAAAGUUGGGAACAAAUGUCGGCUAUCAAGUCGAGGAUAUUCCAGAUCUGGGACGGGGCACCAGCCCCGGUCAGGCUGAGCUGCAUCAAGUUUGCACAAAGGGUGGUGCUUGCUCAGACCCCUUCCAAUGGCAUGGAACAAAAGUACAACGGCCUGGAUGUUUCUUUGAACAUGAUGACGGAAAGCCAUCCCUUGUUAGAUGCCCGGCAGCUAGAAGCCGAGGCGACCGGGCUUCUGGACAGGAUGCUAGGUGUCUUACAAGAAAGCAGCAGUGAUGCGCUGCUCGUGGAUGCGACUAUCAACUGCCUCUCCAUUUUGGCCCGGACCCGGCCGAGCACCUCAAAUCGUAUUCUCAACACAGUCCUCAACUUUAACCCGCUGAAGUUGGCCAACUCCCCGAUGACACCAAAAACAAAGGUCCUGGUUAGGUCCCUGGAAAAGACCACUCGCAUGUUCCUAACCCAUAUUCUAAGGCGGGACCCUGGCAACCAAAUGGCGGGACGCAUUCAACAAUAUGUGGAGAGGUUGACGCGGUCCCGAGCGGAGAUAUUUGAUGAGGCAGGCCGCAAACGAGCUCUCGCCGAUCAAGCAACAGCCGCCUACGGAGAUGCCAAAAGGCAGAAGGCAGAGACCGACAUUCCACAAUUUUCAAUACCCCCGCUAGGACCCGGACCACACUCCCUUGCUGCGGUGUUCACCAUUACGAAUAACCCCGGACUCCAAGCGUUUGACGUCACACAGCUUCCCGAUCAUCUCGUCUCUAGAAUCAGUGUGAGGACUUUGGCCGGCAUUGACCAGAAGUUUUUAGAUUUUGCCAUCAGUGGCAUUCACGACCGUCUCACCUCGCUCUACGCGGCUGGAGCAGCCGCAGCAGCAGCAUCCCAACCAGCGGUGAUCAACGCUGCCACGGCCCCGCUAGGUGUUGAAGAGGACGAUGACGAUGACUACGAGCCAGACCUUACUCCGGCUGAAGACACAGAGCAAAUUCUCAACAAACUUGAUAACGCUCCCCCUGAGGAGGCGAUCGGGUCGGCCGCCGAUGCUGGCGCGGCCCUACCUCUGGGCCCCUUCACCCUUCCUCCCCCGCCAACCCUCGACCCCGAGACGGCCUCGAAGCUCAGUCAAGCCGCCGCGGCGCGCGUUUUCGGUCCCCUUUCAUCUCUCAAAGACCCUGGAACAGGCACGCGCAGACCCAAGGCGGGCAUCAACCGUCUGGCUGCGAGCUCGUACGACCGGGACUCGUGGUUGACAUUGAUCACACGUCUUGCGACUCGCAGUACGGCCGGUCUCGAUGACGGCAGUGAUAACAGCAACACCAUUGUGAAGGCGGAGAAAACAGGGCCAUCAGGCAUGUCGCUUGGCGAUAGCAUCCGGGAGCUGCUGUUCACGUACAUUCUCGAGGACUGGCGGCGUCGCAUAGAGAUCGCCGUCGCCUGGCUCUGCGAGGAGUGGUACAACGAUCAACUGGCUAAAAAGUCCGGCAUGGUCGGCGCGGGCGGGCUAAACUAUGAAAAGUGCGCGCUGCGGCUGGUUGAUGGGUUUCUGAGCUAUAUCACGGCACAAGACAAGGUACUGACGCGGUUUCUCGCUGAGAUCCCGGAACUGAGCCGUCCGCUGUUGGGCAAGUUGAAGGCGCUCUGUGCAGAUCCGACGACAGUGCAACUAGCACUCACGAGCCUGCUGUAUCUCGUCAUGAUGCGGCCACCAGUAAGGGAGAUUGCGUUGGACACAGUGGCGGAGAUUUGGACCGAAUACGAGGACGCCCGCCCGUUGGCAGCGAAGUACCUAGUCAAGUGGCGUCCCGGGUUCAUCGAGUUGCAGACUCGCGGUGCCGGCGGCGAGGUGCCGCCUCCCACCAGCAACAUGGCGGUUGCCACAUGA